CAGGAAACACCAGUUUAUAGUUUAUUAGUCAACAUCUGGAAGCUUGAAUCUCAUACUAGAUUUUAAGCAUCCAGCAUUGACCGUUAACUAGGAUUAUGCUGCUCCAGUGAUUGGCAAAUGCUCUCCAUGAUUAUUCAUGAAUAGCCUUCUUAUGAAACCAAGUUCCAACAUCUUGGUUUCUCCUUUGACCGUCAACCUCUAUAAAUCUCUGGGGGAUCUGUUAAUGGAUUAUUUCUGCAUACAACUAGCGUAUUCUCUUGCUGCUGAAAUUUGAAAAGCCAGAUGUUUAAUUGAUGUUGUUUACCCUAAUAUCAUACUGUAUCUUUGCCAUACUGAAUUAAAAUGACAUACCAUAAAGUUGAUACUAAUUUUUGAUUUUGACAAUUAUAUAAGAAGUAGCUGGUAAGAAUGUCAGAGUCUCGUUUCACAUCUCAAUUGAACUGUUCUUUGAGAAGUUUUCCCAACCCCUCUGCCCUUCCUGUGGUCACACUUUUAGCAAACUAGCUGUCCCUUAACUCAUUGGUGGUAGUCUUCUUCUUGUCAAUUCUUCUUGAAUAAUCAGGUAGGUUGGAUCAGUCCCUUGUUUGUCUUGCACCAUCAUCUGAAAAAAUUUCUGAUAUUCAUUGCAAGAAUGAAGUUUGACUCUAUAGGCUAUCAAUGCAAUGAUAAAACUCUGAGCUUCAACCAUUUAAACUUGUUCAGAAAAAUUUGCACAUACCUGGGUUUCUCUAUCCAGACACUAUUUGAUCCCUGGGGAAAACUUUAACUUUAUUGUUUUAUGGGCAUGAGUUUUACUUUUUGUUUGCUCAAUCAAGCACUAAGAUUGUGCUGGUCAAUACAAAAGGAUCUGCCAUUACAAGAGUAUCAGUUUAGUAUAGAGCUAAUAAUGUCUUUCAAUCUACGUUCAUCGUACCUUUUACACCAGCGAGCUAAGUAAUAAGUCAUUUUUAUUUUAAAUCUCUAAAGCUAUACUUCUACCCUCGAAGCGCACUGGUUUGUUUCAGUCUGGAUUCUUGGUUUGAUUCCUUAAAUUUCCAAAGAUAAUUGGCGCAGUUAAUGUGUAUUGCACAAGUGAGGUGAUCAUUUUAAUCCAGUAAAAAUGACAGAUUAAUACUCGUGUAUUUUAAGGUUGAAAUACCUUGAAUUUCACAUGGACUUUUCACACAUUGCACAUGAAAUAUGUGGGCAACACGUUCUCUCUUGCAGCCCCUUGCUGCGCAGAGUAGAAUAAUUGAUGCAUCUAAAUGUACUGAUCAGAAAGGAAAAAGAACAUCUUAGUGUGCUUGCAACUGAUUCUGUAAAGUUGUCACAUUCUUUGAAUUGAUUCAUUGUCUUCAUUGGAGUUAUUAUUAUUGGAUUUCAACGUAGAAAAUGAGCCUAUGGUUAUCUUGCUCAAGUUUGAAUGUUCGCCUUAAUGUUUCAAUGGUUCUCUUUUAAGUUUUCCUCUAGUACAGUGAUUAAAUACGUACUCCUUUCAUGUCUUUGUCACUUUAAGGUUAGUGGAGACUUCAUUGACAGAGCCCUGACCUCCAGGCAAUGGAGUACAUAUACUUCAGCGUUGUUCUAUGCUUCCUGGUGCCCGUUCUCAAGGAGAAUUCAUUUCAUGUUUGAAGCCUUAAGUUCUAUGUAUCCUCAAAUUGAACACCUAGCCAUUGAGCAAUCUUCAGCCAUGCCGAGCUUGUUCUCAAGAUAUGGCAUACAUAGCAUGCCUGCGAUACUAAUUUUUAACCAAACGUCAAGGAUGUGGUUUCAUGAUUCCAAAGAUCUUGAUUCACUUUCAAAAUUUUACCGGAGAACUACAGGACUUGAACCAAUUCAGUUUGUUGAUGUUGAUCAAUCUGGUGUGUUAAGGAAAAAAAGAUUUGCAACGGAGUCCAAGCUCUCCUUGCCGCUCAAUGAAAUGUUAAGUCGAGAACCUUACUUGUCAUUUGCUGUAGCAUUCCUUUGUUUAAGAGUAAUAUGGAUUGUUGCCCAAAGACUCAUGUACCAUAUCAAAGCUUUUUGGACGAGGUACAGACCCAAUCCAAAUUUAGACAUCUUCGGUGAAACUGGCCAAAUCUUGAGGCGGAUUGUUCAGGCGAUAGAUAUGAAGGGGCUUUGGACAAAGCUAAGACAAUGCAAGAUCAGGAACUUGCACCAUGGUGCAAGGAGUGCACGCGUGUGGGCUUCAUCUUUGGCUUCUGUCUCCCUUGGUGAAUCAUCAACUUCUAGAUAGCCGCGCUUAGAAAGAUCUCUGACUGUGUAUAUAGUUGCUGUGAGGAGGGGUUGGAAUUCUGAGGUUACUAAAAAGAAAACCUCCCCGGUUUGAAGUAAAGCGAAGGGAGAUAGAGAAGCCAAAAGGAGACCUGGACGUUUAAUGAGAAUCUAUAGAUCAUGCUGGUCUUCCCCUUUAAUUUGUGUCCUGUGGUGUUUGUCAGUAAGAGUAUGCAUCCUUUAUAGAUUUUCUGCUGUUUAACUUGUGGACCGAGGCAUCCAGGGCUACGGAAGAAUGGCUAGUAAGAAGGUUAGAGUGUAAAUCUUGCUUACAGCAUUUGCAAAUCGUGUUCUACUUAAAUGCACAAUGGAACCAGUUGUUGUUGUAAGUCUAUGAAACGGGAUUUGUGGGGUUGGAAUAGAAGAAAAAUGGUGAAUAUCAAUCGUGGCAUUGGAGAUUUCUCUUGUAAAAUAGACAGCAAAAAAUGGUUUGAUCCCAACCCCUUGUGUAUUAGUAGUGAAGACUCAUGAUAUAGAAUUAGUUUUUCGUUGCUACUUCGUGUCAUCGUGUGUGUGACAGAAGAUGAAACAUAUUUGUUGUCUGCGACUUUGUAUGACACACUAUGAAAUGAUUACUUUGCUAAUCCAGAAGGUGACUUUUGUGGAUAA